AUGACGGACCGUGAUUCCUUCGCACUUAUUACCGGGUGCAGCAGUGGAAUCGGCAAAGAGCUUGCAAUAGCCUUUGCAAGCAGAGGUGUCACUGUUCUCGCCACGGCACGCCGCACCGAGUCUCUCAACGAGCUCACAAGCAAACAUAGCAACAUCAGAGCCUUGGCGCUUGAACUGAGCGAUCCAGAAAGCAUUACACGGUUAAAAGACGUUGUUGUGAAAGAAACAGGCGGGCACCUGGACUAUCUAGUCAACAAUGCGGGAACGCACUAUGCAGGGAUGGCGAUGGACUUGGAGAUGGACGAAGUUGUAGCACUUUUCCAAGUCAAUGUUUUUGCUGUUAUGCGCUUGUGCCAGAUCUUCCUGUCCCUUCUGCGCCAGUCACCACGAGGACACAUUGUGCAGAUUGGAAGCGUUACACGGAACAUCCCAGUCGUGUGGCAGAGCGCAUACAAUGCGUCCAAGGCAGCGCUCAGUCAGUAUUCGAGGACCCUUCGACUGGAGGUGAAACCGCUAGGGAUUGAGGUGAUCGAAAUCGUGACAGGGUUUGUGCAAAGCAACAUCCUUCACCACGGCCUCUACGCGCCAGAGGACUCGAUUUAUCUCCCAAUCAAAGGUACGAUUGAAAAGAUCAAGUACCAGGGCAAUGCGAAGGGAAUGCAGGCGAACGUGUAUGCGGCGUCGAUUGUCGACAAGCUGGUGAGGCGACGCGCUGGACCGGAGAUCUGGGAAGGGGGGAGGGCGCAGAUGCUUCGCCUGAUCUUCAUGCUUUUGCCCCUAAGGCUACUAAACGUGUUCCUGUACCGCGAAUUCAAGCUGGGGUCUUUGAAGCAGUCGAUUGGUCGGGGACGGGAGAUGGUUUAUGAAGGGUUUUGA